CAGAUCUUCCCUUAAUAGAUGCCACAUGGAGGAACUCUGCUGGGGCUUUCCUUGCCUCUGUGGGGUUGGUUAUGUUUGGCAGGUCUCAAAAAUAAAAAGCUGUGUCAGGGGCUCCUGGGCUGCCCAGGAGAAGUCUGGCCAGCUGGGAGCUCUGUUCCCCGUGGGGUAUUUCUCCUUGUAGGAAAUGGGUGUUAGCACGAGGGCAGCUGGUGCUGGGACGGGACUUUGCAGCUCGGAUCUGUCCCCUGGGUCUGGAUGAGGUGGGGUCUGGAGGUCGGACACAAGCACGGCCGCAGGAUAAACAGUUGGCUGUCGGCCCACGGAGCUCGGGCAGCACAAAGUUCGUGCUGAAAUGUAGAAAUAACCGAUGAUAAGGGCAGCCUGCCACUGUUCCCUAUUCAUUUCAUCUCGUAACGAGACUUACCCGGUCCUGCUACUGGGGCCUGCCAGCAGGGAGGCCCCGCACAAAGCCCUCAAUUAUGCUCCACCUGCGUGCCUCCGGUGGCUCACCAGCUGCGUGCCCAAGCUUCUCGGGCACGUUCGGAGCCCAGGACCAUGCCCAGUCUGCGUGUGCCCCGGAGGCAGAGUUGCAGGAGCGAGGUCCUCAUCUGAAGCGAGGAUGGAGGGUGAGAGCAGCACCGGCAGCGCGGGCCCUGCGGAGGCUGGCAGCACAAUUCUCGGGUCCAUCCAGGACGUUCUGGAUCAUCCUGGCCGUUGCCUUGCUCCUUGCAGUCGUUGGCAUCAGCGCUGGGGGGAUCCUCGGCUUCGGCCCCAGCUCUGCCCAGGCCGGCUCGCAGGCGGUGCGGGUGAUGCUGCAGGGGGAGCAGGACCCGCCGAGGAACCAGACGGCGCUGGUGGACGCGUCCAGGAGCACCGUGACUUACUACAUCACCUCGCGGAGUAACCGCAGCGCCGUCGUGCUGUACGACAGCCAGAACGGCUAUGUCUGCUACCGGCCCGCGGAGCAGCACGCCUGCUACCUGCGCAGGAUGGAGCCCGGGGACCGUGAGAGCACGCGGGGGACUCUGAGCACGGCUGAGCUGAGGGGCGAGCUGCUGCUGCAGCAGAAUAACCAGACCAAGUACUACCGCGAGUUCCUGGGCAUCCUGGCGGGGCAACAAGUGGACCCCAGCGGGCUGGGGGAGGCCGUCCAAGCCCUGUGCGAGCAGACACCCAUCUUCUGGGUGAGGAGAGCAGGGGGUCCGGGGAAGCAGCGGCUGAUCUACCUGUGCAUUGACAUCUGUUUCCCGAGCAACAUCUGCGUGUCUAUCUGCUUCUAUUACCUCCCCGAGUAAGUCCCGCAGCCGCGGCUGCCCUCUCGCUGCUCUACAUCCUUGAACUGGAUUCCUGAAAAGCCUCUGCUUUCAACAAGGUAACGUCUCCACCGCCCGAAGGCUGCCUGCUGCUCUCACGCUGCACUUCAGGAGAGUUUAGGAAAAUAACAGGACUCAGCACCGUUGGUACAGACGCUUUAUUGCAGCUCUGCUUCGGGGCUGCAUGGAGCACGUAGCUACUAGGAGACCUAGACAGGCACCGCGGGGAGCAGCUCGUGUUUGCUGGCCACACGCCCUGCUCAACACCAGGUUAUUAAACUUGUCGGGGUGGCUGGUUUCAUAACAGCGCAGCUCCAAGUCAGGCUGUGAAAUACACUUUGAAUAAAGGGGUUGCAAAACAAGAAAA